UCAGCUUUCAGUGUACAGUCUGCAUGGAAUAAACCCAGUUCUACAAUUUGACUUUAUUUAACAGUUUCGUUGUAACACUGUUCAUCCUGGACAUCCAUGACUCAUUUCAAAAUGGUUUCCUCAGACUUUACAGCAAAUGAGAGGUUGGAGAUUGAGAGCAUCAAGAUGUACAAGAAAGACCUCCUGGAUGAUAUCCAGAAGCUAAAGAUGGAAAUUGAUGACAUCAUGGCAGAUAUACUCAGCUUUGAGUUUGCAGAAGAAAACAAAACCAUAGAGCAAAGCAAACAGUUCUCAAUUGGGAAAAAGAAAUUCAACAUGGAUCCCAAAAAGGGUGUGAAGCACCUGGUGGAGAACAAGCUGCUGGAUGGGAAGGCUCAGCCCAUCGCUGAGUUCCUCUACAAGGAGGAGGGACUCAACAAAACCGCCAUUGGAGAAUUUCUCGGUGAAAGAGAGGAGCUCCACCUCAAAACUCUGAAGGCCUUUGUGGAGCUUCACGAGUUCUCCGAUCUCAACCUUGUCCAGGCCCUCAGACAGUUUCUGUGGAGUUUUCGUCUGCCUGGUGAAGCACAGAAGAUUGACCGGAUGAUGGAGGCCUUCGCCACUCGAUACUGCGAAUGCAACAUUCAUGUCUUCCAGUCGACGGAUACGUGCUACAUCCUCUCAUUUGCCAUCAUCAUGCUGAACACCAGCCUCCAUAACCCCAACGUGAAGGAUAAGACCACCCUGGAACGCUUCAUCUCCAUGAACAGAGGCAUCAACAACGGAGAUGAUCUACCCAACGACCUCCUCUCGAAGCUGUAUGAGAGCAUACAUAACGAGCCUUUCAAAAUCCCAGAGGACGACGGGAAUGACCUCACACACACUUUCUUCAACCCUGACCGAGAAGGCUGGCUCCUGAAACUUGGAGGUCGAGUUAAAACGUGGAAGAGACGAUGGUUCAUCCUAACUGACAACUGCCUCUACUACUUCGAGUUCACAACUGAUAAAGAGCCCAGAGGAAUCAUCCCUCUUGAGAACCUUUGUGUGCGCGAAGUUCCUUACACUCGCAAACCUUACUGUCUGGAGCUGUAUAACCCCAAUAGUCGAAGGCAGAAGAUCAAAGCCUGUAAAACUGAGACAGACGGCAGGGUGGUAGAGGGGAAACACCAGUCCUACACCAUCUGUGCCCCCAGUGCUGAAGAGAGAGACUCUUGGAUCGAGGCCAUUAGAGCAAGUAUCACCAAGGAUCCGUUCUAUGACCUGGUCUCAGUACGUAAGAAGAAGGUGAUAAACCAUGUCCCUCAGGACUGAACUGUUCCUACAUGAGCUUGUGUGGAAUUAUGCCACUGUGGAUCCUGUUCUCCUUCAAACAGCCUGCAACACAACAGUACAUAGACUCUGGAGGCUGCACAGUCACAUUGACUUCAGCAACGGUCUUUUUGGAACAAAGACAGACUUCUACUUCUGCUUCUCAUUUUUGAGACUGAAGUCAUCUGUGUCAAAGGGCAAAGAAGUUGACUGUUUUCACCAAACUACAAAGAGUGAUUUGACAAAGUGAAGACUGUUGGUUCAUCUUUGUCAAAAAUGUGCCUUUUUAUUUGCAUGCAUGCUAUAAAAAGACACAUAUACAGUAUUUCUCAGCUUUGUGACAGUUCUCCAAAGGCACAAAACAGGCAGUAGUAACCAUUUCUAUGUCACUUUAAAAAAUGCAAAAUUAUUUUCUUAAAAAUGAAAGCCUAUACUGUUACAGCUAAAGGCCAUCUUAAGAUGUCCAUCUGUAAAUAUGGAAAUGUUUUCACAAAUUUUUGAGUAUUUCAUUGAAUUUUCCAGUUUGAGUUUGAAGUACUUUAUAGUAUAUGAGAUUUAAGAGUAAAUGAAAUGUGUAUGUCAGUGCAAUAUAUGAGUUUUCUGUAUGUGAUGUGUUUAAUAUUUUUUGAUUUACCUUAACUUUG